GCUGUGUGUUCAGUCAGUGUUCGAACGCCGGUGGUGAAAGUACUGUGACCUGUGUAGUGGAUUCAAUGGCCUGUCUGUGAGGUGUUUUGGAUCUUUUAUUAGCAGAUCUAAUUUGGGAAUUGAAAUGACCCCGAAUAAAGAAAACAUCAUGCAACCUGCAACGCUACAAGAAGCCAUCAAUAUAAUUAAAUUUUUGACAACAUCACACAAGCAAGAAAUAACAAAAUUGAAGGAAUCACUGCAGAAGCAAGCAGCGCAUAUAAAGAAAUUAGAAGCAAAUAGAAAAAAGGAACUUGAAUUCUUGUCGAGUGAACUUCAAAAUUAUGAAGCGAACUUAGCAAUUAGUAAAGAGACAGUUACAAAACAACUUGCAGAGAAAGAUGAUAUCAUACAGAAGCAGACGGAAGUUAUAGAAGAACUCAAUAGAAAAUUAAAACUCCACGAAGAACUAAGUUUACCAGAAAUAAACAUCGUUGCACCUGUCGAUUCGAAUUCUGACUCGGGAGUAGCAAUGGAUGAUAGCAAUUUGAAGUCUGACACGAACAAAACUGAAGCUAAAACAACUAGAAAAUAUAGUAGAAGGUUCGCAGAAUCAAUAAGCUUUUUGAGAAGAGUAGAUUUUUCGCCUAUGAAAUAUAAACCAUGUAACCGUGAGUGCACUAAGAAGAAAGAUGAAAAGAAAACAACAAGUCUAGAUAUCCCUUACACAGAUAAAGGGUUGACUAGACAACUAAGUAGUGAAAGAGUCAUGAGUGACGAUGACUCGUACUUGUCGGCUGAUCCAGUGCUUUCUGAUAGUGUCAUAGAACCUUUAGUAAUUAGGCCAAAGAAAAUGGAUGACAGCAUGAAUAACCAUUUCUCUGAUGAUGGAAGCGAAGACACCAGUGAAGAAGUUUUCGACAGAGUUAUGACUAGAAGCAGCGUCAGACGAUCAGUGAAAGCGAAUCCGAAAUAUAAGAAAAUAAAUCGAACGAAAUCGAAACUUUUAGAACAAGUAAAAGUUAACAUUAUUGAUUAAUUUGUAAACUAAUAUUAAGUAGGUAGUACAAUAGGUACAUAUUAUUGUUAAAAUGGUCGACAACCUAUUUGUAUCAUUGGAUUUCGCUUUAUUUUAAUAAAGUUUUGAUACUCCC